CGUGCUCACUCCCGGGUAGGAGGGCAAUCGUUUGUUGGGCGCGCGCCUUCUUUAAGUUGCCCCGCCCCCCUCCUCGCCCUGGAAGGAUCCCGGGAGAGGCGGGAGGAGCCGGGAGCCGCCGGUGCGCGCGCGCGGGGCUGCAAAGAGCUCCAGCGAGACCUCCGAGGUCUGCGUUGGCCGAAGGGGAAGCAGCGGGGAGUGGGGAAAGGGACAAGGAAGGCUGGGGGAGGAGGGACUCCCUACGCCUCACCACCCGGCGGACUGGGCGGGUCUCGGUGACGUAGGCAGGCGCCUGGGCUGUGCUCUGGUUGUGGCGGCGGCGACAGCGACAGCAGCCUUGGAAGUGGUGGCGGAGACGAAGCAGAGGCAGUAGGAAUCAGAGCAGCAGUAGCGGCUGCAGCCGCCAGAGUAGCAGCAGCAGCAGCAGCAGCAGCCGGAGCCGGAGGCACCAGGGGCGCCCUCUCGGCUCGGCCGACGUUCAAGCGUCUAGUUCCCGGGAAGCUCGCUGCCUCUAGCGUCUCGGCCCGGACGGAGCCUGCGGCCAGGCGAAGCGCCCCCCGGGAGGGAGGUGGGGCUGGAAGAUAUGAUUUUCAACAUGAGCACAUGACUUCAAGAAUGGACAACUGGGACUCUACUAAUUCAUAUUAACCUUAAGCAUAUUCAAGCAUAGAGAAAUCUCACCCAAUUCUGUACUUUCUCAUUUAAACCUGCUUUGACAUUACCGUUCUUUGUGCAACCAUGUAUGGGAGCGCGCGUUCGGUUGGUAAAGUUGAACCGAGCAGUCAGAGUCCUGGGCGUUCACCGAGGCUUCCUCGUUCACCUCGUUUGGGUCACCGUCGAACCAACAGCACAGGAGGGAGUUCUGGAAGUAGUACUGGAGGUGGCAGUGGUAAAACUCUUUCAAUGGAAAAUAUCCAGUCUUUAAAUGCUGCCUAUGCGACAUCAGGGCCUAUGUACUUAAGUGACCAUGAAAAUAUGGGUCCAGAUACUCCUAAAAGUACCAUGACACUUGGCCGUUCUGGAGGUCGGCUUCCGUAUGGUGUUAGAAUGACUGCUAUGGGCAGUAGCCCCAAUAUUGCUAGCAGUGGGGUUUCCAGUGACACCAUAGCAUUUGGAGAACAUCACCUCCCUCCUGUGAGUAUGGCAUCCACUGUACCUCAUUCAUUGCGUCAAGCAAGGGAUAACACAAUUAUGGAUCUACAGACACAACUGAAGGAAGUGUUGCGGGAAAAUGAUCUGUUACGUAAGGAUGUAGAAGUGAAGGAGAGUAAAUUGAGCUCUUCAAUGAAUAGCAUCAAGACCUUUUGGAGCCCAGAGUUGAAGAAGGAACGAGCCCUGAGAAAAGAUGAAGCUUCCAAAAUCACUGUUUGGAAGGAACAAUAUAGAGUUGUACAAGAGGAAAACCAGCACAUGCAGAUGACAAUCCAGGCUCUCCAGGAUGAAUUGAGAAUCCAGAGGGACCUAAACCAGCUAUUUCAGCAAGACAGCAGUAAUAGAGCUAGUGAACCCUUUGCAGCAGAGCUGACUGAAGAGAAUUUUCAGAGGCUACAUGCUGAACAUGAGAGGCAAGCCAAGGAGCUAUUUCUUCUUCGUAAGACCCUUGAAGAAAUGGAGCUGCGUAUUGAGACUCAGAAACAAACAUUGAAUGCACGGGAUGAGUCCAUAAAAAAGCUUUUGGAGAUGUUGCAGAGUAAAGGACUGUCUGCUAAGGCUACUGAAGAAGACCAUGAAAGAACAAGACGCCUGGCUGAGGCAGAGAUGCAUGUACACCACCUCGAAAGUCUUCUGGAGCAAAAGGAAAAAGAGAGCAAUAUGUUGAGAGAGGAAAUGCAUCGGAGGUUUGAGAAUGCUCCUGAUUCUGCUAAAACAAAAGCUCUGCAAACUGUUAUUGAAAUGAAGGACUCAAAAAUAUCCUCCAUGGAGCGUGGGCUCCGAGAUUUGGAGGAGGAAAUCCAGAUGCUGAAAUCCAAUGGAGCUUUGAGCACAGAAGAACGUGAGGAAGAAAUGAAACAAAUGGAAGUAUAUCGCAGCCAUUCCAAAUUUAUGAAAAACAAGGUAGAGCAACUGAAGGAGGAGCUAAGUGCGAAAGAGACUCAAGGGGAAGAGCUGAAAAAGAAAGCGGCUGGUCUCCAGGCUGAGAUUGGUCAAGUGAAACAGGAACUGUCUCGAAAGGACACAGAACUCUUAGCCUUACAGACAAAGCUAGAAACUCUUACAAAUCAAUUUUCAGACAGUAAGCAACACAUUGAAGUGCUAAAGGAAUCAUUGACUGCAAAAGAGCAGAGAGCUGCCAUCUUACAGACAGAGGUGGAUGCACUGAGAUUACGGCUAGAGGAAAAGGAAACCAUGCUUAAUAAGAAGACAAAGCAGAUACAAGAGAUAGUUGAAGAGAAAGGAACCCAAGCAGGAGAAAUACAUGAUCUCAAGGAUAUGCUGGAUGUGAAGGAGCGGAAGGUCAAUGUUCUACAGAAGAAGAUAGAAAAUCUUCAAGAGCAACUUAGAGAUAAGGAGAAACAAAUGAGCAAUUUGAAAGAACGAGUCAAAUCUCUACAAGCUGACACCACCAAUACUGACACUGCAUUGACUACUCUUGAAGAAGCCCUUUCAGAGAAGGAAAGGACAAUUGAACGCUUGAAGGAGCAGCGGGACAGAGAUGAACGGGAGAAGCAAGAGGAGAUUGACAACUAUAAGAAGGAUCUGAAGGACUUAAAGGAAAAAGUCAGCCUCUUGCAAGGAGACCUCUCUGAGAAAGAGGCUUCACUGUUGGACCUCAAGGAACAUGCUUCUUCUCUGGCUUCUUCAGGACUAAAGAAGGAUUCAAGACUUAAGACACUGGAGAUUGCUUUGGAGCAGAAGAAAGAAGAAUGUCUGAAAAUGGAAUCACAAUUGAAAAAGGCACAUGAAGCAACUCUAGAAGCCAGAGGCAGUCCUGAGAUGAAUGAUCGGCUCCAGCAGUUAGAGAGAGAAAUUACACAGCAUAGGGAUGAAUCCAGUAAGGCCCAGGCAGAGGUAGAUCGUCUCCUGGAAAUCCUAAAGGAGAUGGAAAAUGAGAAGAAUGAUAAAGAUAAGAAGAUAGCUGAGCUAGAGAGGCAAGUAAAAGACCAAAAUAAGAAGGUUGCCAAUCUGAAGCACAAGGAGCAAGUGGAGAAAAAGAAGAGUGCGCAGAUGUUGGAGGAGGCCCGGAGGAGAGAGGACAAUCUCAAUGACAGCUCUCAGCAGCUCCAGGACAAUCUCCGUAAGAAGGAUGACAGAAUUGAAGAACUAGAAGAAGCACUAAGAGAAAGUGUACAGAUAACUGCUGAACGAGAAAUGGUGCUAGCCCAAGAGGAGUCAGCCAGAACCAAUGCUGAAAAACAGGUGGAGGAAUUGAUGAUGGCCAUGGAAAAGGUAAAACAGGAACUAGAAUCCAUGAAAGCAAAGCUGUCUUCUACUCAACAAUCAUUAGCAGAAAAGGAAACUCAUUUGACCAAUCUUCGGGCAGAACGGAGGAAACAUUUGGAAGAGGUCUUAGAAAUGAAACAGGAAGCUCUCCUUGCUGCCAUCAGUGAAAAAGAUGCAAACAUAGCUCUUCUGGAGCUUUCAUCCUCCAAGAAGAAGACCCAAGAUGAGGUAGCUGCAUUGAAACGUGAAAAGGAUCGUCUGGUACAGCAGCUGAAACAGCAGACUCAAAAUCGCAUGAAGUUGAUGGCUGACAACUAUGAGGAUGACCACUUCAAAUCUUCUCAUUCCAGCCAAACCAACCACAAACCCUCCCCAGAUCAGAUAAUCCAGCCCCUCUUAGAACUUGACCAGAACCGCAGCAAAUUGAAAUUGUACAUUGGACAUCUGACAUCUCUCUGCCAUGACAGAGAUCCCCUGAUUCUGCGAGGACUAACUCCACCUGACUCUUAUCACCUGGACGAUGAUCGAGCAGCUUGGGAAAGUGAGCUGCAGAAGAUGACUCAGGAGAGUCGUCAGGAUGAAUUAGAAAAAGGUGAGCGAGACAAUGCAGAACUGCAGGAGUUUGCCAAUGCCAUCCUCCAACAGAUAGCCGAUCACUGCCCCGACAUUCUGGAACAGGUGGUCAAUGCACUAGAGGAGUCCUCCUGACGCCAUCAAAUGACCUCGUGGGAAUAACCAACCCAACAGCCAACCCAUUCAAUCCAGGGACCUAAGAAAGGAGCAGUAAGAACUAAAGACAUCCAGGAACCUCUGGUUUGUCUUGCACGUGUUAAAACCAAUUGGCCAAACACCACAAACUACUUCCUAUCUCUAUUCUUACAUCCAGAGUCCCGCAACGUUUUUGCAUUCAUCUUUUUGCUGUGGAGGUUGUCUUCUCAUUAUUUAGGGGGAUCCAUGGUAGGUGGCUUUCUCUCCGCAAAGACCAUUUAAUUGUCAUCAAUGAGUAACUGUUGGAGACUAGUGAUUCUGCUUCAGCACAGGGACAAGAAGUGGUUACCUUUUCUCUUUUGUCCUUUUAACAUAAAAACAAAACCUACAGUUGCUUUUUAGUUCAACAUGUUGAAAAAAUGACCUGCGAUAGGCCAGAAAAAUCUAGAUUAUGUUCUGUGUUUGAAAUGAUUUCUCUAAAAAGGGUAGUCUCACAGAAAGAGAGAAGUAGAGAAAGGAAGAGAGAGAUAAAGGAGCAAAAUAAGAGAGAACUAACUCUUCCAUUUAAAUUAUAUUCGAGGGAAGAAGAUGCUCAAUAUUCAUUCUUUUUAUUACUUGCUUUUUCUCAUCAUUGAUUUUGUCUUCUGGGAGGCUUCAGGCUGGGAAGUAGCUACUUCCUUAUUGCCUCAAUAAUAGCUUAUUGAACACUAAUUCAAAACACCCCAUCAAAUCUAUCCUGUCCUUCCUUGGCCAUCUCCUCUGAAAAGCUAAUGCAAGGUUGCUACAGAAAGUUCAGUCACACCGGAGCCCUUUGCUCCUACUGCGCUUAAGGCUUCAAAGAAAAGUUUUCUAGAAAAUUUUUAAAAAUGAAUUAGGAUCCAGAGGAUCUCUCACAUUCUCACACAGUCAAGUUUGCCUCUGAAGAAGAUAAACUGAAUCCAUAAAAGUCCUGGCUCAGAACUUCUGAAUCCACAGUCAUUUCUCCAGGUCAUUCUUCUAGACUCUUAUCUAUUUUGAACCAAUAACACAAUUAAUCCAGAUUCUUUUUUCCAGGCUCUUUCAAUGCAUUUUGUUUCUUUUGAUUCAUCAUGUGCUUGGGACAAUGAGCUCUGCAGGCUUUCCUGGCCUCCCAGAGCCAGGGCCUCCUCAUGUAUGACUUAGUGCCUUCCUGUCUUUCAGAUAGGCUCUCUUCACUCGUCUCUAUCAAAAUGCCACCCAGCCUCUCCCCAGUGAAAAAUGGGUGACAAACCUGGUUGAGAGUGAGAGAGUGAAGAAAUAUGGCCUUCUACCCUUUGUGCCCCUCACAAUCUUCAUAGAAUGAAAUUUUUUAGUAAAUCUUUUUUUUUCAAGAGCCUGCUUUUCUAAUUAUAGCAAAAUUGAUGCAUCUAGAGGUUUGGUUCACUUACUGCUUGGUCAGUAUUUUCAUUUUUUUCUAGUUGUCCUAAAAAGGUUAUCCUAUUUAGGAAGAUAGCUUUAGAUGCCCUUUUAACACAUUCAAGCUGUUAGUAACCCUGGUUUUUACUGUCUAUAAAUUGUAAAUCAGAAAUUAGACUCCAAAAUUACAAGUAAGGACUUUUCCAGAACACAAAGACAGUGGUAAAUGAACAGACACUGCCACUCAAAUAUGGACAAUUCAUGUCAGAACUGUCCCUUUUACCACUUCCUUUGUCAGACAUCUACAUGUUUUGGUAAAAAGCCACUGCCCUAAAACAUUUAGGAUGUGCAUUUUCUCCCUUACCCUUAAUUACCAAAGGAAUUUAGUGCUAUCCAUAAAGUCAUCAUAUCCAUCAGUCUUAACAUUUUCCCACUGCCAUUCUCUGACUGACCCAUUAGCUUACAUUGUUGGUAAUCUAAGAACCCUCAUUCCCUGUUGUAAAAUGAUACCUUAUCCAUAGGAGAUAGCAGAAUUUUCUUUAUCUGUGGUCUAAAUAAAUCCAGCUCAUAAACUUCUUACUGAUAUGUUCCUUGAUAGGAAGGCUAAUUUGCUAAGAAGGGUGAGGAGAUGAGACAGUGAUUGGGGAGUAAUGGCAGUCAUUUGUGACCAAUUACCUGAGUCUUAUUUGUUUAUUGCCCUGCCUAUAAAUCAUCCAAAACUCCACAGCCUUUCUAGGGCUAGAGCCUUAAUUGAGUCUGUGGUGUAUAGCUGAACUUCUGAAAAAUUAUCAUGCCCUUGUCAGAGCAAGAUGGAGACAUCAGAUCCACAACCCUUGCUUGGGGAUGUGAGACCAUUCUGCCUGUUUCUUUUGACCAAACUGACAUGGAAUGAUCUUAAGCAGGCCCACCUGUAGUUCUUACCAAUCUGGAGUAUCAACUCAUGCUCCCUUCCUUUUUACUCUCACUCUAGCCUUCCCCAUGGAUUUCCAUUGUGAAAUGGAAUAGAACAGUAUUGUUCUGACUUGAUCUCUCCUGAACCAUUCAUAUGCUUUUUGUUCCUACUUGGGUAGAGAUCCUGUCUUAUCAGGUAGUCCUAGAAAUGGCCUCAAAGACAAAGGCAUCUUUGGCCAGGAGUUAACAUUGAUGGUCACUCAUAUUUUACCUUGCAGAAGGAAAAGUAAUUAGGUCAUUGGCAUUUGUUAUCUUCCGGGGCUUGGCACAGUCAUUCAGUCAAUACCUAUUGCCUCAUGGCCUAUUGGUAUAAGGCCUACAUGGGAAUCAUCAUGCAGACGUCAUCAAACAGUGACUAUUUUGAUUUUGCCAGAUCAUUUAACUUCUGCUCAGUGUUUUUUGUCUUGAUUAUCCUUUCACAUUUGACAAAGACAUUUGACAAUAAUCUCCCCAAAUUUCUCCAUUUCAUUAAUCAGUCUAUUUGCCCUUUCUCACCUACCCCUAUCGUCCCACCCCCACCCCCCCUUACACACACACACAAAAUAGUACCUGAAACAGGAACAAUGAAAGAAAGUGGUGGGCCGAAUUAGUGUAACAAAAGUCAACACUAAAGAAACAGAGAGUGUUUCUCUCUGUGUGUUAUGUCUCUCUGUCUCUCUCUCUCUCUCCCCAUUUAUCCCUCCAAUGUAUUAAUAUAUCAAUCUUGAAGAAUCUGGGUUGAAGUUUUUAUGCUGAUUUGAUUAAAAUGGAUAAGUCAUUCUAAGUUUGAAUGUAAUGAAACAUAUAAAUGAAAUUCUAUGAGUCCAUUUCAGUCCUGAUAUUUAAUCCACUUCUCUCACCACCUGGAGGAGUUUUGAGUAAAUCUAUCCCCUUUUCUUAAAAAAGGGAAUUAGCAACAAUGAUAUAGGAUGUUAAAACCUGAGACCUUCCUCGUAAUUGAUGGUACUGCUGGUAACAUUUAAAGUAAAGUUGUCUAGGUUCUUGGAGAAAGUGAGCUGGAAGGAUAGGAGAAACCUAGUUGUGCCUGGCAUUAAAUUGUAAAGGGAGGGCUAGGCUUGAUCAUGCACCAAUAGAAACUAAGGGUCUGUCAUGUCUUUUGCCCAGAUAAAAGCCUUGAGUAAGGGAGGAAGAAAAUAAAAGGCGCCAAAUGCUACAUUCCAGUGAUUCUACUAGGCUAAUUCCUCCCUCACUGAUGUUCCGGGACUAGUAUUUGGUGUUGCUGCUUAAAGGUUCUAUAUCAAAAAAACAAAACAAACAAACAAAGCUUUUCUAGACUUAGUUUCAUUCUGCCACCUGACCCCAUUUCCCAAAAGCUGUUAGCUGCUCCAUAGGUUUUACUUUUCUGCUCUAGGAAAUUUGGGAGUUUUCCAGAAGAUAAAAUGGUUCAUCUUUCCACUUUGUGGUAAAUUACCCCAAGACUAAAGCCUCAAGUCCAGGGUAUAUAUUUGGGCAAAUUUCAAGUUUUAGCAAGACCCUGUUUCUUCAGGAGUCACUUGUUUCCCCCAGCUAUCAAAGCACAGAGGCUAGAGGAAGUUGGUGGAAAGAGAGAAAGCAGUGAUUCAGCAGUACUAUUCCCAUAAAACCAGCAGGGACCUUCAUAGAAAUCAUGUGGGGGCCAUCCUCCGGAUGAGAUCCAUCCCACUCAUCCAGACAGUGGCGAGAAAACAAUUCUGACUUAACCAUUCAAAGGAAAGCUCUUUUAAAAAAUCUGUGGGGUUUUUCAUGUGAAUUGAGGGGAUAUUUAAGCAGGAAACAAAAGUCCCCUUCACUACAGGGAAAUCCUUCUGAACAAAAUGGUUGCCUCUGCCAACUCUUUUUAAAGCAAAAACUGUUUCCAAACUUUUUAGUGUCAAAACUAUAACCAGGAGGCCCCUGACUUUCCUGAUGUGUUUGGCAAGUGCUGUGACCCUAUCAUUGAUAUUUCUUCUCCUGACUUUUUUGGGGGAUGAAGAGGUUUAGGAUUUGAUUUCUUGGGUUCUUUGUCCCCCAUCCCUCCUCCUGUUUUGCUGUUUUGUUUCUCUGCUUGUCAAUAUUGUCUGUGUGGUCCAGAGAACUGGAGCAGUUAUAAACCAUGUGUGUCCGUUGUUGAGAUGUUUGUGUUUUUUUUAAUGAGAGAGAAAAAAAAUAGUAGUAGAAUUGAAAAAUAAAGAACUGUGUUUUAUAAAAAAAAUAAUAAUAAUAAUAAAAUGCAAACCAAUAUUGUUUUAAUAAAGGAAUUCAAGCUAGGGGCAGCCAAACUCCUCCCCCUCCUCCCAGGCUUGCUGAGGAAAAAUUAUGGGCCUGCAUCUGGACGUUUUACCUUUUUUUUUUUUUUACAAGGCCUAGAAGAAAAUGAAAACUUGAUCUUUUGAGUAAAAGUUUCAGAGUCCAUGCCCCCAGUGCCUGGCACCAUGUAGCAUCAGGGGCUGAUCUCUUUGACACUUUGUCUAAGUUCAUUAGCUAUGGUGCUAGGGUGAGUGGUUGGCGGCCCCCUUUCUGGCAACAGCCACAGUACAGGCCACACAACCUCUUUCCUCCCCCCUUGGUGCUAUUUCAUCCAGUUAACCUCUCACUCUUCAGGCUAGCCUGAAGCCUAUAUGCCAGGUGAGACAAAUUACACUCAGUUCUCAACUCCUUCAACUUUCAGUCCUCUAAUUCUGCUCUUGAACUUUUUAAACCUCUUAAGUUUUCUGGGCCAGAAAAUCUCUAGCCAGUGAAGAUGCUUUUAUUAAAGGAGAUAAAUUAGACCAAAGCCAGAGGACUCAUUCCUGGGCCUGAGCAAGGUUUCUGGACCCAACCCCCCCCAUCCUGUACCAUACCAGUAUUUCAGUAUUUCAUUCACCCUAAUACACAAUCCUUUAUGACCUGUCUGCCCCCUGCAAGAACAGCCCAGUAGAAAGUCAAACAAGUCAGCAUGUCCAAGGUAGGAACAUUAGGUACAGCCUGGGACUCUCUCCUCUGCUUGCUUCAGAAGAGAGGUGUUGCACUUUAGUGGAGGAGGAAAGGAGUCUCUAGGGUACCAUCUCCCUUACAGCUUGAGUUCCUUUUUGGUAACAGAGGCAGCUGGAGAUGCUGGUGUUACCAUACCUGCCCACUGCCUUCAAAUGUAUGUGUGUGUGUGUUAUUGCUGGAGUUGUGUAACUGACAGGAUAAUGAUAAUGCAAAGAAAUUGUGUUAUAUUCAACUUUGCCUUGAUAAUUAUUAUAAACACUUUGUUUGGUUUUCUUUUUUUAUUCACAAACUUAAUUCAUCAGGAAACUAUAAAAGUUAUUUAAAAAUUCUA